AAUUUGAGUGAAAAAUCAGUUUUAUUGACUAUCAUGUGAAGAUCAGGUGGGAGUUAAAAUGAAAAGGCGGGAUAACAAAAGAUUUUGCAAUAUCAAAUGGCGCCAGGGGUCAUUUCCAGCAGUCAGCCCUCAACAAGUCACUUAUCAUAUUGGACAGCUGGCGUUUUGGCUACAAUACAAGAGGAAAUUAUAACCACAUGUAGUCUGAAAACAAACGAGAGAGUUGUUGAGCUGCUUCCCUGGUUCUCUUCUUGAUUCUAAGAGCUUGGUAAAGACCUUCUCUCUUCUAUUUUCCCUUCCACUGAAGCUGUCUGCGGCAGGAUAACAUCCUUGGUUUUGGGGCUCAAGUUUCUCCUUUAGUGCCACACUACAAAGAGUUGACCAGUUGUUUGAAGUCCAUUAAAGGGAGGGAUGUGGCAAUCUGUAAAAGGGAGUAGGAGGGGGCGAGGUGGACACUCAAGAGCAGAAUCUUCUGCACGUAGCUGGAAAGAUGCACAAGGAUUGCCUCCAAGAAGGAAUCUACAUGACGAGGAGGCCACAUUUUCUUGUGAAUCAACUCAAGCUACAGCAGCUGCCACAUUUUCAAAUGAAUCGACUCAAGCUGUAGUAGCUGAACCUGUACUGGAGUCCAUGGAUGUAGCACAAGGUGGGGAGGGGAAUAUUAGUACAGAUUUAGUUCCACCCAUUAAGAAACGAGGCCGAGGGCCUGCACGGGGUACACAAUUUGACCGCCUCCGAAAGGUGGGUAAGAUUCCAUUGGUUAUAAAGGAUGGUCAUAGAGGUCCAUCGUGCGAGCAUGCCUCAAUCUUUACGGGUCGAGUGACUUGGAUCGUUAAAGUAUAUGCCGACAUGAGGCAUGCAAGUUGGAGUUGUGUACCUGAGGAGGAGAAGCAAGAGCUAAUUGAUCGUGUUAGGGCGGACUUUGUAUUGGACUGGACAAAAGACAACCAUAAAGAAAUGGUGAUAACGUAUCUUUCCGAUAAGUACAAUCACUAUCACUAUGAAUUGCACAAAGUAUAUUUAAAAUAUGCUUCGCAUGAGGAUGCCCUACGUGGUGGGACAGAAAUGGUGGACAAAGCAGUUUGGCAAUCACAAUGUGAAAGGUGGGCUAGCGGAACAUUCAAGGAGAAGUCCCGAAGAAACAGUACGAAUCGUUCAAAACUGAAGGUGAAACAUACAGGCGGAAGGAAAUCCUUUGUUAGGAUUUUGGAAGAGAAGCGGGAGACGACACCAAAUAUGGUCGCUUUUUAUAAAGAAACACAUUGGUCGAGGCUGAAGGGGAAAUUUAUCAACGCAACAACUGAAAACAAUUAUAAUCUAAUGGUGGAGAAAUUGAACGAAAAAGACCCUGAGGAGGACGUUGAUGAAGCGGCUGCAGCUGUUUUCAAAGAUGUUUUAGGAUUUAGAUCUGGGUACGCCCAGGGGAUGGGGCACAUGGUCAUUCCCGACCCCUCUCCCUCAAUGAAGAAGAGCAAGGCAUUUGUGCAUCUGGCUGAAGAGAAUGAACGAAACAAGACUUGUGCAGAAAUGUACAAGAGUAAACUAGACCAAAUAAUGAGUGAUAUGGCCGGAUUGAGGAGAGAAUUUUCUGAGUGUGAGAAAGGGAUGAACUUCAGGAUGUCUGAGUUGGAAGGAAAUACUGAGUCUCAUAGAGAGACUCAGCAAGAUGCUUAGGCAUCUGUUGAAUUUGGGUACAACAGAAUUUUUUGUGGGCAUUUUUUGUGGAUUGUAUCAAUCCAAAGGCACUAGCAGUUUGUAGGGGGAAAUAUUUUGAUGGGGCUUAGUGGAAAUAUUUUGUGGUAGGGUAUGUUAGAACAAGUGGCAGAGAAGAUAUGU